AUAAAGUGCGCCGCGUGCUUUUCACCGCGCUCAGUGAUCAACCAAACCUCGUGCAUAAAACACUGACUAGUGAAGUGUAUAACAAGUGAAUAUUAUCUUAAACAUUUAAUAAUUAAUAUAAUUUGUGUUUUUGUUGAUAUACGGCUUAAUCAUUAAGUUACUACUGAGAAUGCCUACCGAGUUUAUUUCCAACCCUCUACAGAGGGAGCUAGCGGAUUCUAUUAUACGUAUGGUGCCUUUGGAUGAAAUUAGGAUUUUGUUAGCAUGUGGAUCAAAGGUAAACGAACAGGUGACUCAGGGAUUGAUGCCGCUGCACUACGCCGUCUGGCAGCGGUACUACGCCGCCGCUCAGCUGUUGCUGACGCGUGGGGCGGACGUCAACGCGGUGGAUGAGUGCGGUUACAGUGCUAUGCACUUGGCAGCUGAGCACGGAUUUAUGGAACUAGUCCGUCUUUUACUGCAAUGUGGCGCAAAAGUCGACUACCGUAAAACCUUAGACGAUGAUUUCCCGCGUACUCAUCUGUGUGAUGAACCUCUCCGCCUAGCAAUCAGAAAUAAGCACAUGGACGUGGCUCGUUUAUUGCUUGAGAAUGGAGCGGACCCUAAUAAGCGUUACUUUUUCGGCUCUGAGAUUAAUUUGAUCAACGAUUUGGACUUUUUGCAACUAUUGCUGACUUUCGGCGCUGAUCCGGAUAGUCGUGAUAGGAGUGGUCUUACACCUUUGAUGAAAGCCUCCAGACAAGUUCACGGAUUACAAAAUGUUCUUUUAUUGUUGAAAUAUGGAGCAGAUGUUAAUGCUAUGGCUGAUGAAAGACAUGAUUACAGAACUGUUUUGCAUUAUGGUGUGCUUUCUGGGUCUGAAGAAAUCGUUGAUUUGUUGAUAAAACAAGGUUCGAAGCUUAAUUAUGACGAUUGUGACAAUAUCGGUAAACCAUCCCCACUGGAUUUGGCUAUUUUAAAGGGUGAACCAAUAAUUGUUGCCAAAUUAAUAAAAUCAGGUGCAAACGUUAAUUAUAGUUCUCCUUUAAUUGGUACACCCCUACACGUCGCCAGUGCUGAUAAUAUUCCAAACCGAUAUGAAAUAUUGAAGAUGCUACUUGAACACGGCGCUGAUCCCAACAAAAAAGUCUUCAACAAUGAUGUGACCGAACGCAACACCCAACUACGCCCAGUCCUCGUCGAAUAUUUAGCAUCCAAUGAAAACCCAAGCAUUGAAGUUGUCAACAUCCUCUUACAAUAUGGCGCGAGAGUUGUUAUCAAGACGCAGUUUCGUGACCCCGACGGUCUUCUCAACUGCCUCCACAAUGUAAUCUCCACCGCGCAACGCCCUAUCUUUGACAUGCUCCUAGAAUCGGCUGAAUGUUUCGACAUCUUCCAAAUACGCCGCAGUAAUAUCCUAACCUUUGAUCAAAAAGACCGUCUGCUUAACCUCGCAACAACCCCGUUACCUCUCACACAUCUCGUGCGUUUACAUCUGAGGAGAACCCUUGGGAAACGAAUGAUGACCGCGGUUGAUCAGAUGGAAUUGCCGAGAUCUUUGCAGGAGUUUCUACGGUUUAAACAGGGGAUGCUUAUGAGGCGUCCGUCAUUUUCUUCGGAAGUUGAAUGAUUUUGAUGGAUUUUAUUAAGAUUUUUAUUAAUAUAGUGUAGGAUAUUUUGAUUAUUAUUAUUAUAUGCUCUUAAGUGUAAGAGUUUCAUUUGAAUUUGAAUUGCGAUAUUAUGGAACGACUGUAAAUUGAAAUUGAAAUGUGAUACUUUUAUAAAAUAUUUUAUUCGUAUGUCAUACGUACGAGUAUUUCUUAUGUAAAAAUUAACAUUGCGGAAGAAUAAAUUUUCUUUAAUUUUAA